AUGGCAACAACAAUCAUAGAACCAACCCGUCCAAUCGCCAUCGCCAUUACCAAUCCAAACCCAAGACAACAAGUCUGCUUCUCAUUCACAGCCUACACCAAGAACCUCAUUGACCAUCUCAAGAAUUUCGACAUAUUCACCGAACAAGGCCUCGACGACGCUGAAUUAUUAACCAUAGAAUCCACCUUCCACUUUUUCCUAUUGGCCCUGGCUUCCCCAAUUGGCGAUCCUCUUCGACCCAACAACUUGAAAUCCUCACAAACCUAUCGAUUCUGGGUCUAUGCAAAGAAGUCUUGAGAAAUAACUUUUGGCUGAAAUGUUGGGGUGAGAAACCAAAGGACAUCGAAGAAGCUGUGAAUUUGACAUUGAAAAAGCCUAUUUCUCUUCCUUAUUUGUUACUGCUGGGUGUGUUCAGGGGAAUCAAACAGAUUGGCUCAGGAGGUUGGACUUCUCAGUUGGAAAUUCCAAGUCCCUAUAAUGAGCUUUUCCAGUUUGAUGCAUCAUGGAAUUGCAAAUCACUGCAAUUUGGUUUCAUUGCCGCAUGUUGACUGUUGUGAGUUGGCUUGACCUUAGUAUUGCCUGUGGUAAUUUUUUUAUUUGUACAAUCUCAUGGAAGCUUCGGAUUUGUUUUUUCUUUGUGUAGACAUCAUGCUCAGUAAUUUUGUCAAUGGAAUGUAAAAAUAAACUCCUCAACUAGAAUACUUUUUUUGCCUAUAGGGGUAAAUUGCCAGAAAAAAAUGUGAAAACUACCUUCUUUUUUCUUGGUUAUUGGUGAAACAAAUAGAGAAAGAUAUAUUAGAAAGACCCCUUUUUUUGUUGGCCUCAAAAUUCUUAAGUCUAUCUCCUAAUGGAAUUAUGGAACAUUGGAACUUUUAAUUCCACAUUAAUGGUAGUGUUUUUACCUAUUCUACUAAAAACCCAAUUAUAAUGCCUUGGCAGAUGGUAUUGUCGUGAUGUUUUAAACAUUGUUGCUGGUGCCUUUUUAUACUUUUUUCUUUUAAAUGUUUUAGUGAUUGGUUUUCAUGAGCAAUUCUAUAUAGGAUUCUACUUUGUUGUUGUUGGUGCCUUUUUCUGAAGGAUUCUACUUUUUAGCUUCUUAAACAAACUUUUACAAUAGUUUGGUGAUAGUUCAAGAGAUCACUACAAAAUUCUUUUGAUUUGAAUUGUUAGUCAUAUAUGGUUAAAAAAAAAAAUUGAUAGUCAUAUUUUUUGGUUAGGGAUUUCCUUAUAUUUUCUAUAUGUGUAUCUCCCUCUAUAUAUAGGUGUUUAUGGAUUUAUUUCAGUUGAGUAUGAUUUUUUUGAUCAGUUGCAAAUUUAAAUGGUCGAUGUUUGAAUUCAUUUAUUGAUAUCUAAAUGUUUGAUUUGAAAAUCUAUCCUUGAAUUGUUAAAUCCUGUUUUGAUUAUUUUGGAUUUAAAAAAAAAAAAACCAAUCUCAGAAUUCUUGGUACCCAAAGAAAUUUUCAAAAGAUACCAAAGAUGCUUCUUUCAAAGUGCUCAGUGAAAUAUUCAAUAACUAUAUUUUGGAACUGUAGAUCUGUAGCUCCUUGAAAGCAAUGUGGAGCAUCCUUCACUACCGUGACAACUUAGUUGCUGCCAAUCACAUUCACAGGGUUAUGGUCGUUUUAAUUUUUUUAUUUGUUUACGAUACAAUUCUAGAAUUCACGAUGCCUCUUUACAUGUACUAUAAAGUGGUCAUGCUUCUUUGCUAGCGAUCUGUUUAUGGACUUCUUUCAUAUGUUGUUAAUUGGGCUUCGUUGUGCUCAUAGAUUGGAAUUGUUUUAUUGUGUUGCAUUAAUUCUAACAUUUGAAUUCAUGUUUGAUGUAAAAUUUCAUUAUUUGAUUCGUCAAAAAAAUGAGAAAUUACUUAUUUGUUGUUUUUAUGUUCAAUUAGAAUUGUUAAUUUUAGUAAAUAUAAGUCUUUUUUUAAAAAAAUCCACUUAUUGAAUCAGAUCGAUUGGUUAACUUAACUUUUGUUUUUAAUUGCAAAAAUACGGAGGAUAGGCUCAUAAACACCAUCACAGAGACUCCUUUGUAUGACUGUUGGGGAGAUAUUAAAUUUAAUUAUUGUCACAAGAUUAGUUUAGUUAGAAUUUUAUAUGUUAAUAUUGGUUGAGAUUGUGAACUAAUUGGGAUUGUGGUGUUAUGUUAUUUGGGAUUAUCUUUUUGUUUGACUAUUUAGGUUUGCUGUGCUAAUCAAGAUACUUGGGUCAGACUAUUUCCCUCCCAGUAAUUUUCAUAGAUGUAAAUUGUUUGUGAUUUGUAUUAAAAAUGUGGAUUUAUUUGAAUUUGAUAGGUUGAAGGUACUAAACAGAUCAUGUUCGCGUGUUAAGUGUGACCUGUAUACUCUAAACAUGUUGAAAGGGUUGAUAGUGGGUCGUGUCAACUUAGAUAUAUUUUAUUUUUUUAAGUGUGUUACACGAGUUAUGCUUUGAUUAUUAGCGUAAUAAAUGAAUUGUAUUUGUAUCAGUCAAGUAAUUUUUACAUGAUUAACUAUAUAAUU